GCUCCAGCGCAUCCGGGCUGGAGCUCGCCCGCCCCCUCCCCCGCCCGGAGCCGCCGAAGCGCUUCGGUGCGUUGCACCGCCGGAGGCUGGGCAGCUCGCAGCGCUGCUCGGCGCUGGACCCCACCCGGCAGGCGCGGGCCACGCACACCCGGCCGUGUGCGGCUGCCCCCCGCAGCAUUGCACGGCCGACCCUCGCCCGCCCACUGCCACCGGCCGCGGGACUGACUGGGACUGGCUCGGCGCAGGGCACUGCUCCUCGGUGCAUUGCUGCUCGGGCGCCGCAGCCCGCAGCCGCCAGCCUCCCCCGGCGGUGCCCCUCCCCCGUGGAGCCGGCUGUCGGUCGGCGCCCACUGCCCGGCGGCAGCGGCGGAGCCAGGCAGCGCCGCGGCGGCCGAGCGCCCUCGCGCAUCGGGCCCUCUGGCCUUCCUUACCUAGGGCAGCCCGCGCCCCGGUGCGAGGGAGCGGUCUUCACCGAGACCCGCCCGGCCCGGCGGUGCGAUGAGCUUCUUCGGCUUCGGGCAGAGCGUGGAGGUGGAAAUCCUUCUGAACGAUGCAGAGAGUAGGAAGCGGGCCGAGCACAAGACGGAGGACGGGAAGAAGGAGAAAUAUUUCCUCUUCUACGACGGGGAGACGGUCUCCGGGAAGGUGAGCCUUGCCCUCAAGAACCCCAACAAGCGGCUGGAGCACCAGGGCAUCAAGAUCGAGUUCAUCGGGCAGAUCGAACUCUACUACGAUCGCGGGAACCACCAUGAAUUUGUGUCCCUGGUGAAGGACCUGGCCCGGCCUGGAGAGAUCACCCAGUCGCAGGCCUUCGACUUUGAAUUUACCCACGUGGAGAAGCCGUAUGAGUCCUACACAGGGCAGAAUGUGAAGCUACGCUAUUUCCUUCGAGCUACCAUCAGCCGCCGCCUCAAUGAUGUUGUCAAAGAGAUGGACAUUGUAGUUCACACACUCAGCACAUACCCGGAGCUGAACUCUUCCAUCAAGAUGGAGGUUGGGAUUGAGGACUGUCUGCACAUUGAAUUUGAGUACAAUAAAUCCAAAUACCACUUGAAAGAUGUCAUUGUAGGGAAGAUAUACUUCCUGCUGGUGAGAAUCAAAAUCAAGCACAUGGAGAUAGACAUCAUCAAGCGAGAAACGACGGGUACAGGCCCCAACGUGUACCACGAGAACGACACGAUAGCCAAGUACGAGAUCAUGGACGGGGCACCAGUGCGAGGAGAGUCCAUCCCGAUCCGGCUCUUCCUGGCCGGGUAUGAGCUCACACCCACCAUGCGGGACAUCAACAAGAAGUUCUCUGUGCGCUAUUACCUCAACCUGGUGCUGAUAGACGAGGAGGAGCGGCGCUACUUCAAGCAGCAGGAAGUGGUGUUGUGGCGGAAGGGUGACAUCGUACGGAAGAGCAUGUCCCACCAGGCGGCCAUCGCCUCACAGCGCUUCGAGGGCACCACCUCCCUGGGUGAGGUGCGGACCCCCAGCCAGCUGUCUGACAACAACUGCAGGCAGUAGGCCCCCAGGGCCAAGAAGAUGCUGGGCAUCCACCCAGCACCCCCAUCUACCAACACCAGCGGCUGGGGGCGGGGGCGGACCUUGUGAGGCUCAGUUGACCCGUUACUUGCAACCUGAAAACAAAUCAUGUUUUUGACUUAAAUUCUUUUCUCUGGAGAACCCAAGGGGCUUGGGGUGGGAAGCAGUCUCUCCUUGGGAUUCUGCGGCUGAUGUGGGGUAGGGGAGGUAGCAUCCUGGAAGCCAGCCUCUCUGGGGAACAUGAGACCCCUUCCUCGGGGGGCUGCCUUGCAUCUUAGAGGAGGGAGAGCAGAGAGCACGCAUCCUUGGCUCCUGGCUCUCCGAGCUUCCUGAUACAGGAUCUGAGCAUGUCCCUGGGAUUCUGAGCUGCCAACAGGGCCCUGGGUGGUCACAUCUUGUACUCCCCUCUACUGUCCCUGAGGUAGUAGCAGGAGUUGGGCCAGCCCCCACUAAAUGGCAGGGGGAAGACUCACGAUUGGGAAGCUACCUCUUUGGGAAUCUUGGAUGUGGUGAUCUGAAGUUCCCACAGGCCACCUCCUUCAGGCCACUCACUGCUGGGACCCAGGCACCUCCCUUCUCCAUCCUCUCUGGAUUGUCAGUAAUGUCCUGGAACAGAAGCCUGUGGAACCCCCUUGGGCACAGAGAAGCCCUGGGGUCAGUGUUGUGCACGGAUGGCGGCAGUGUUGAACCCAGGAGGCUGAACCCGGCCCACCACGGAAGAUCAGUGCAUGGCAACUGCCUGCCUUCACGUCGCUCCACCUGGUAACCCCGAGGUCUGGGCUGAACCCAGCCCACCACGGAAGAUGAGUGCAUGGCAACCGCCUGCCUUCACGUUGCUCCACUUGGUAACCCUAAGGGCUGGGCUGUUCUAGGUAUUGCUUCAUGCCCAACAAGCCCUUAACAAGAGGGCCUGUUUCCCUUAAGAACCAAUCCCAGGAAGGGGCCUUGAUCCCUCCGCCUUGCUGAGAGUGAACCCUCGUCUCUCCUCACCCUCCAUUUCAUUUCUGGGAAUUGGGGCUUAGUUUCGAACCUUUGGCAAGGCUGUUCUUACUAAUGCCCAAGCCCCUUUACCCCUCUCCCUAUAGGUUACACAGGGGAGACCAGGGCCUCGGCAGAAGACUGCUGCCACACUUCCCAAUCAUUCUGCUUGCCAAAUAUGUCAUCUUCACCAGUUGACUGACCCAAGUUUAGGACCAUUGGUAUCGUGUGUUUAAAAAACACAUAUAAAAAAAAAUCUUGUGAAUAUUCUUGUUAUGCUAGAGAGGAAGGCACUUCUCCCUCUACAUCUCUGCGCUGGGGCCUAUGGUAGUAAAGUUGUUUACUGUCCUUUUUCUGCCUCUCCUGGAAAUGACAGGCAUUACUCUCCCAUUGGCCUCCAUUCCCUUUAUAGAAAGACCAAGCAGGCCCCACUGGCCAACAGGUACAGUAUUUGGCGGUCUGAGUUCUCAGUAAUUUGGAAAGUUAAGGAGUUGGUUCCUGUGUCACCUUUCAGUUAGUGUGGGAAAGGAAGACUCCUGUUUCCCUGAGAUCAGUGCAGUCUCAGGCCUUUGGCAGGGCUCAUGGAUCGGAGCUGAGACUGGAGGGAGAGGCAUUUGGGGUAGCCUAGGAGGGUGACUGGGAGCAGCAGAACCAAGGAAGGCAAGGUUGUUUCCCCCAUGCUGUGUCCUGUGUUCAGGUGCGACGCACAAUCCUCAUGGGAACAGGAUCACCCAUGCGCUGCCCUUGAUGAUCAAGGUUGGGGCUUAAGUGGAUGAGGGAGGCAAGUUCUGGGUUCCUUGCCUUUUCAGAGCAUGAGGUCAGGCUCUGUAUCCCUCCUUUUCCUAGCUGAUAUUCUAACUAGAAGCAUUUGUCAAUUCCUUUGCCUCCCAACUGACAACACACGUUCAUUUUCCAACCUUCCUAACAUCUUAAACCUUUCUUCUGGGAGAACUAGAAGAUAGAAUUUGCUUUGAUUCUCUCAGGCGCUGUGCACAAGCCAGGUCUUCUGUUUUCUCUUACUCUACCCACAUUCUUGCCUUCUCUAUCCAACUGUGAAAGUGAGGGGAGGCUCCUGUCCCCCUCUUAAGGUCCCCAAACCUGGGAGUGCAUAGGUACUAAAUCAAGCAGUGCAACUUGUAAUUAAGCAGCUGCAGUGUUUACAUGUUUCUUAAUGUGUCAUCUUUUCAAUGGCUGUAUUUUAAAAAAAGAACAUUUGUUUUAAUGGUCUUUCUGAUUAAAGGAAGCCCCUGGGGCUUUGGAGGCAUCGUGCCCAUGGUCCACCAA